AUGCCAUGGCUGCGAGAGUUCCUCAGCCGCCUAAUGGAGAACUGUCGCUUGAGCAUCUACAAGCCCCCCCGUCCAAGGCUGAGCGGGAAUGAAAUCUUUUCCAAUGUCCCUACCGAAACAGUCCUUGAGAUCAGCAUGUAUCUCGACGAGGUCGACCAAGCCGCCCUGGCGCUUUCGAGCCGACGGCUGCUGUAUAUGAUGGGCACAGAAACGCUGCAACUUGAAGAGCCGAUGCGUUUCGAACUCCUUGGACGCCUGGAGCGAGACGGGGUUUAUCUGAUGGACAUCCUGUGUUCUAUAUGUCGUCGCUUCCAUCUUCCGCGAUUGACCGACGGCCCGACUUCGAACGAGACAGAAGCUGCCCGUCCUUGCUAUUACUACGGAAACAAAUGGAUCCAAGAAAGUACGGCGUCGCGCAACCUCCCGGUCGGCAUGCACUUCGACAUGGUGGCGGCAGUGACCAGAAGCAUUCGACACCAGGCCUUAUACUAUAAGUCACACAUGAUUUACAAAACGGUUCGCUGGGUUUACGGAAGUAGUGAGUGCAGACUUGCCACGACACACACGGUACGAGUUGUAGACGGGCAUUUUCUAGUCCGAAAAGAGAACUGCCUCUACCCUGAAUCUAUCAGGUCCGCCUCUCUUUGUAGCGUACCGAAACUUCAGAGGAUGUUGGCUCGUCUCGAGCAAUUUACUACUUGCUGCGAGCACGUCAAGUGGGCAGACACGGUCGAUUUCCUCUUCGAUCCGACUCUGAAGACGUGGCCCCAGCACGUGUGUCUAUGGACGCAUCCCGAGCAAUGCGAAUAUCCUCGAUUUGAAGGCCUGUGUCAACAGCCUGUGGCCAGCGUCCUGCGCAAGGUUUACUCAUGCCGGGUGUGCUAUACCGACUAUGCCAUCGGCCGAAGGAACCUUGUGGGAGGUUUAACCACGAUUACCCUCACCUCAUGGAAGGACCUAGGAUGCGGGAAAGACGUCGAGGACCGUGUUUGGAAGUCGCAUCUCAGCCGUAUCCCAGGUUACAAGGUUGUCCCCCGUGAUGGACCGUCGGGUGAGAUUUGGAGCAGGUUCGAAGGAUCGAAGCUUCUUCGUGUGCCUCGGAGUCAGUGUUGA